AUGAGCGGUGCGGUUGACAUGGAGCAGGAGGAGGCAUCCUCGUCUGAGGACCAGGCGUUGUUGUCUGAGGACCUAUUGGGGCCCAGAGACCUCGACGUCCCACAAGAGCAGUUAGAGCAGUUAGAGCAGGAGCGGGAGGAGGUCCUGGAGAACUGGGUGGCCUCGGAGGUUUCUCCCCUGCCUCGCCCCCGCUGGCAGGUUGUAUCUGCCCUGCGCAACCGGCAGCUGGGCUCCAGGGCUAACUUCGUCUCCGAGGCCUGUGGGGCCAGAGCGCUGGUGCAGCGCUUCCAGCUGCAGUGGGAGCUGAAAGGCCACACGGGCUGCGACAGCACCCUGCAGUUUAACGAGAGUGGGGCCUGGCUGACGAGCAGCAGCCAUGACAUGAGAGUCAUCGUCUGGGAUUGGGUGCAGCAGCGCGCCCUGCUGGAAUUUGACAGUGGCUUCACCAGUAAUGUCUUCCAGGCCAAGUUCCUCCCAAAUAGUGGGGAUACAGCCAUGGCCAUGUGUGGCAGCGAUGGCCAGGUUCGGGUGGCACAGCUCUGCCCCUCCCCAGCCUGCCAGACCAUCAGGCGUGUGGCUCAGCACCAAGCAGCUGCCCACAAGCUGGCAUUAGUGCCACACUGCCCACACAGAUUCCUCACAUCAGGCGAAGAUGCUGCUGUCUAUCAUGUCGACCUCCGGCUGGAUCAGCCCGCUUCCGAACUGCUCGUGUUAAAAGAGAAGCGGAAGAGAGUGGGGCUCUAUACGAUCUUUGUGAAUCCUAACAACAUUCACGAGUUUGCAGUGGGUGGACAAGACCCGGUUGUUAGAAUAUGUGACCAGAGAAAAAUGGACCAGAAGGUCCAUAAUGGCGUCCUUAAGAAAUUCUGUGCUUCGCACUUGUUAACCAAUCAAAUUAACCCAGUCGUCACAAGUCUGGUGUACAGCCAUGAUGGCACUGAGCUCUUGGCCAGUUAUAAUGAUGCAGAUAUUUACCUCUUUGAUACUAACAGCCGUGAUGAAACCCAGUAUGUGAAAAAAUACCAAGGGCAUAGAAAUUGUUUGCCACCUAAAGAGUCAAUCAAUUUCUAUGGGCCCAGAAGUCAGUUUGUUGUGAGUGGCAGUGACUGUGGACAUAUAUUUUUCUGGGAGAAGUCAUCUUGCCAGAUUGUUCAGUGCAUAGAGGCAGAUCUGGGAGAUACCAUCAAUCGCGUUGAACCCCACCCUCACCUACCUAUAAUAGCGAGCUGUGGCCUAGACAUGAACGUCAAGAUCCUGGGACCCUCAGGCGUAGUUACUGCUGACCCUGGAGAAAUGAAGAACGUGAUGAAAAGGACACAUGAUGAAUGUCUCAUGAGCCACAGGAAUCUUUUUGACAACUACAUGAUGUGGUGCCUGAUGCAUCGCAUAAAUCCCUGA